AUGGCCGCAUUCACGUUCUCCGCCAUGGCAAAGAUAUCUUUCUUGUGUUGCCAUCUUUUGAUGGCCUUUUGCCUUUUUUAUUUUGCUGCUAACAGCAGAGCAGAGGGAGAGAUAGGAGUUUUUGAACUGAAGAGGGGAGAUUUCUCUGUGAAGCUCACCAAUUGGGGUGCUACUGUUCUCUCUGUCAUUCCCCUGAUAAAAAUGGUAUUUUCUUCUUCCUCCUCUAUUAAUGGUGCUCGGAAACUGGAUGAUGUGGUUCUUGGGUUUCAAACUCUAGAUGGGUACAAGAAUGAUUCGACAUAUUUUGGAGCCCUUGUUGGGCGUGUUGCAAACAGAAUUGGAGGGGCACAGUUCACCUUAAAUGGGGUUCAUUACAACCUAACCCCCAACGAAGGACCCAACAUUCUCCAUGGAGGUCCCAAAGGAUUUAGUGAACACGUUUGGACGGUUCAAAGCUACAAGGAAGAUAGCCAUAUCACUUUCACCCUUCACAGCCCUGAUGGCGAUGAAGGGUUCCCAGGUGAGCUCGCUGUGUCGGUGACGUACUUGUUGAUCGAAACAAACAAGCUAGGAAUCAAAAUGAAGGCGAAGCCUCUAACCAAGCCCACCCCAGUAAACCUAGCCUCCCACACCUACUGGAACCUUGCCGGCCACAACUCCGGCAACAUCCUCUCCCAUACUCUUCAACUCUUCGCCUCCAGGAUCACCCCAGUGGAUUCCGCCCUCAUCCCCACCGCCAAAUCACCGACGUCCACUCCACUCCAUACGAUUUUCUCCAGCCCCGAGCUGACCGACGGCUACGACAUCAACUACGCGCUGGACGACACCGGAAAUGUUCAUUUUCAAAAGUGGCGGUGGUGGAGGAAAGCAAAAGCGGGAGGAAGAUGGAGCUGUGGAGUGAUCAGGUGGGAGUUCAGUUUUACACGAGUAAUAUGCUGGGAAGGGUGGAGGGGAAAGAUGGCUGUUUACGAGAAUUAUGCGGGGUUGUGCUUGGAGACUCAAGGGUUUCCGGACGCGGUGAACCACCCGAAUUUUCCGUCGCAGAUUGUCAAUCCCGGCGAGACAUACAAACAUAUUAUGGUUUAUAGUAAGUGA